AUGUCAGGCACAGUCAACUAUUAUGACUAUACCGAGCAAUAUGAGAGUCAAGAGGCCCUAGAACCUUCUAUCGAUGCAGUACCCACAGGAUUUGUUCGGCAUAUCAAAACCAUCAUUGAAGAGCGAGGAACACCUGAGCCAGUCAUGAAAGAGAAUAAUGUCUUAAGUGCCGAUAAGACGAACAUAGAUGGAAUGGUUCCGGAUAUUCCUGAGCUCCCCGCUUCACCGGUUCCGCGCCGUAUAACGCGUGAUCUAGUUCUGGCAGGCAUUGGACCCGAAUCUUCGAGCGGAGAAGUAGAGCUAUCUGGGGCAACAGCAGAAGCGCGGAAUUCAGAGCGGUCUAUGGUUGACUCACAGGAUGGACAAAGUGCCAUACAAGAUGGUGUUCCGCGCCGGGCUGCAUACCCCGCGCAUUCAAUGGAUAUCGAGAAUCGACACAGCAUUCUUUCGCAAGCAGGUUCGAGUGUGAUGGAAUCCUCCACGCUUGAAUUCGCCGUUCGGUGCUCAAUUCCCAUGGUGGCUGACAAUGGUGUGACGCUGGAUUUAGACAAUGAGACCUCGCCCGUGUAUGCUCCUGAGGCAGAUCCGACAAGCGAAGAUGGCAUGACGGAUCUCCUUGAAGGCUACCAGCGCACAGAUACCAAAGAAGGGAGCAAAGAGGGUGCUGAGGAGCAAGUUGAAGAGGAGGAGCGCUUGGAGAAGAAAAGCAACCAUACGAGCUACCACGCCGCCAAAUCCUCGGAUGAGCAGUCCUUCAAGUCUUGCACGGAUGUGAUAAAAGUCAUCGAUCCUCCUGAAGAGGGUGCCGACGCCAAAUCACUGGAGUCGUGCGACAAUCUGCCAGAUUCUGGUCCAUUAUUCAAGGAUCCGGAUGCAAGGUCCUUCACCACAUGCAAGGAUGCGGUCACUCCUAACUGUGCUGCGUUUUUGCCGGCAUCUAGGCUACCAUCAACACACCUCAUCUCUUCAGAGCCACCUCGCCGAAGGCCAUCCACUGAGAUGCCGUCGUCGUCGCCUUUGUUCUCAGAAUGCAAAGCACCUCCAUCGUCAAUAUCUGAAUCAAGCAUGUCCAGGGUCGUUGGUCGAAUUCGAGCUAAUUCAAAGCUAAGCUCCACACAAGGCUCUUUGGGUGAUUCCUUUUCUUUGUUGAAGGAGCAUGGAGCUCACACACCCCCUGCUGUACCUCCUAGAGAAUCAAGCUCGUCGAAGGAAGCGCAGCAGUCAAGGGGCGUCGCUAACUUCCUCCUGCGAUCUGUUCGCCAGCGUUUUGCUAAAGCCAGUCCUGGGUCAAAUCUUAGACCUGGUAAAGAGAAUGCGACUUCGAAGCCAGAGUAUUUAGAGGAUUUGAAUACCGAUGCCGGAAUUCCUACGCCACCUCCCAUGAAAGAGAGGAUAUUGACGAGCAAUAUCACUGUAUCCGCUGAUCGGCCUGUAGAAGCGCUGAAAGCAUCCCAGCGAGUCUUGACCAAGGAGCGAGACUUGCCGCACAGACAGAGUGAAACAACGACGAUGCGUGGAGGGAGCAUCGCACCGAAAGAACAGACGCCCAAAUCGGAUCCGCAUGCCACCGCUACUUCCGAUGUACGCCAGACGUCGCUCAGUAUUACAUCCCCUGCAGUUCCGGAGGCUUCUUCGGUAUAUUCGCCAGUAUAUAUCUCUUCUGCCGGGUCCGAUGGUCAGGUCUCUCCUGUCAUCUAUCCUCAGACUCCAGAACAGCAUCGUCGUGACAGCCAGACCACGACGCACCUGAGCUGGACCGGGGCGAAUGCAUUCCGCUCGUAUUCUGUCGAAGGUGCGCGUGGUGCCCGAAAUAGCCACGAGGACUCCACGACCGAUCUGAGACUUCCUGGUCUCCGCCACGCAGUCACUCACCUCCCUGAUUUGAAGGAGGAGUCGCACGAGGACUCAAGUCUCAACACGAGCGCGAGCAACUUUCGUCCUUUUGGCGGUAGCCAGCCUGCCGUGUUUAGGAUGUCUACAGAAGGUGUACCUGGAACUCGGAGGCAUCCAUCUGUUCGGUCGUCACGCAAUAGCGUGCUUCAGCAGAUGCACUUGCCCUCGAUGAACUUCAGCAGCUUUGGGAGCUUUGAUGAAGCUUUGGACCAUCGAGUAUCGCGUUCGUUGGAUUUGGCUCCAGCUGCGCGGGAAGAGUUGUCUCGGGCGGUGAUGCCACGGUCGGCGUCGGCAGGCGAGAAUCGGGAGAAAUACAAGAGUGUGUUUGCCGGACUUGAUACGCCAGCGAAGACAUCUGCAACGCGUCGGCACGCUGGUGAUGACCUUCGGGCGCGCAAGUCGCCGAACCUUUUCGUCAAGGAGGUAGAUUCGCUGACCAUACCGUCUGUGAAUGGCCUCACGACUCGAUUGUCGGAGAUAUUGCCAAAGCUCAAGGAGGCCUUGGGGCUUACGCAGGCGGACGAGUUCCCAGACGAGGAAUGUAUCAUGGAGAAGGCGAUGGAGAGGCUCAACGAGGUAGGCCUAAUGGUGCAGAAGCGUUCUUCGGCGCGCUUGCGUCCUGUCCCAGGUUCUCCGAGCAUGUUCGUUGUCGACGAUGAAGUAUUCAAGGAGAUCACCGGAAAGGAGAACAAUGGUACACGUCCCGUACGCGGUCUCAACCGAGGCCAAGCAGGCCUGGGUGUAGACAAAGCUGCUCAAGGAGGUGGGCGGGCCCAGGUUGAAGCUGCCGCAUUGGUGGAGACCGGUGUCGUCGCCCAUGAGCGUGCACGUGACGACACAGUGACAAACACAACGGAGGUCGAGGCACCUUCCCCCGCUCACUUUCGCCAACACAACACAACUUCUUUCUCUCUCCGCAACUUUCCGUCCCCUUCUUCUCAGCCCUCGACGCGGUCUCUUCGUUCUCGUGGAAGCACUCCUACAGGAACAAUCACGGAUACUCGUCCUUGGAAUCUUGACAAGAAUUAUCCUUGGGCGACGGACCCAUCUGUUGACAUCUCUCUGCCUCCACCCUCCGCGUCUAAGCUGUCCCCGCGGCCCGGGCCCUCACACCUUCGCAACCGUCUGUCCAACGCCUCAUCAGACUCAGCAGGUACGUCUAGUCUAUACGGUACGUUAGCUUCUCCCCUGGCGCGACGCGGUCCAACAGGGCACUGCUACAAUUUCGCCGUCGACAGCAGGCAGUCUCUCGAGCCGUCAGCCAUUGGCUUCGACGCGGGCGGCUACCCUAUUGGACAUGUGCGCGUUCGUGACGACGACCAGUCCCACGGCGCGGGUGAACGCUAUCCUACGUCUGCUCUUCCACUUCCUUCGAACUUACACAUAUACCCAGGCCAAGCAAGCCACUUCUCACUUGAGACAUCUGACGAGGAGGCCGAGACUACCUCGCCUCGCAAGACUUUGUUCAGUCGCCGGCCGCGUCGCAACAUUCGAGCGUCUGCCACCCGUCGCGACGUGAGCCAACGUCGCGUACGGGAAUUGCAGCACUCGCGAGCAACAGACCGCAGCUCGCAGCUCGAGCCGGACGAACUACCCGAUCGCUCACGCCGCCAGACAUUUACAAACGCCCAAGGGAUGUCGACGUUGAGCUUCCGCUUCGAACAGUGCACUCUCGCUGUCAAGAAGGGCGUCUUCAAGUUUUGCAACUGCGUGACUUCCUGCUUCCGCCGGCCAGAGACCCUGAGUGAGUCCGAUUCUGCGGACGUCCCUGUGCCCGCCAACUCCCGUGUGAGCGAGUCCAGUGACAGCGACGACACUAUCGCUCCCAACCGUGAGUCUACGGGGGUAAUUCCAGCUGUUCGAGACGGCCCCGGUCAUCGCUACACAGAAGCCUACCUUAUCUCGAUCCCUGGGUCCGCUGCCUCGCUCCACCUCGCUACUGAGGACGUCAUCGAAAGGGCUUCUACUUUCCAAUCGAACAUCCGUCCCCAACGAUACGGAACCUUCGCUCCGGGAGCGGACGACACCAUGCCGUAUCUCCUGUUCUUCCGCUAUGAGAACGAGGUCGCCAAGGGCGUCGAGGCCAUUCACUCAAGCGAGGCGCCUGAGCGCUUGAGAGCAUGUCAAGGAACAUAUGUCCGCCUCCACGAACUUGGCCCUCUAAAUCAUUGGAUGGAUGAUCAAUACCAAAAGUCUUUCCUGAAUUCUGUCAAAGGCAAUGUUACCCGCGAGCAAGUUGCGGGCCUCGUCGAGAAUAAUCGCAACAAGAAACCUUCCAAUGUCAUUUCAUCGCUUGAAGAAUAUCUCAGGCGCACCGCUCCCGACCCCAAGAACCCACCGCCUCCGCCUCCGCCCACUGCUCGCGAGCUUAUAUUCACCCAAGAAAUGAUUACCGCUGCUCAUCGCAUCAGAUCUCUUCAAGCGCAAGCCGAAGGGGCAGCUGCGGGUAAUUCGGCUCAAGAGCAACGUUCGUGGCUACAGCGCUUGUGGCGCUUCUUUCGUUAA